UUCCAAAUAUAUAUACAUAGGCUUGCCUGGAAAAUGCUUUAAGAUUCAUUGCCUGAAGGGCUAUAAUUAAUGUACCAAACGGUCAAAUAAUCGUAACAUAAAUGUAAAGAUUUCGCACUGGGAGCUUCAAACACAGAGGCAAAGCAUUUAAAUUAAAUAUUUAAUUUUUAAAAAUUAUCUUCCACAUCUAAGUUUAGAGAAUAUUUUUUUUCUGUGAGUUAGGAAGCAUAAGAUGUCAUGAAACUUGGUGCUAACUCUUGCCUAUAGUAUUGCCUUUUUUUCAUUCUAAUUGCACACUUUGACGUCACUAAAGAGAGCCCAGAGCUGGCAAAGCUGGGUCUGUUAGAUGCUUGCCAGCAGAUUGUGGCGCUGUCCUUUGGGGACAUCCUGCUGCAUGAUGUAAUUGAAUGAAAAAAAGUCUGUUGAAAUAGAGGCCUUCUCUUUCCCCACUUGGGUUUGGAUGCUGUGGGCACGGGGUCUCCCUGGAUUGCUUGUGGAGCUGCCUUGCUGUGUGUGAACAGAACUUUUUCAUCAGAGCUGAGAGGAGAUGCAGAGGUCUUCUUUGCUCCCUUUGUUUUUCUUGGAAAGGUUUGCAUAGGACGUGAACAGAGAUUCCUUCAGGAUUCAGCUCCACAUAGGCUUCUUGACUGGUCCAAAUUGGAAGCCAAAAAUGGCCAGCAAAGGACCUGCGGCUUCAGCUUCCACAGAAAGUUCCAGUGCGGGUGGGGCCAGUGGGAACAGCAGCAACGGGGACAGCACAAGUCCGGACAGCACGUUUGAAUGCAACAUCUGUUUGGACACUGCCAAGGAUGCGGUGAUCAGUCUGUGCGGGCACCUCUUCUGUUGGCCUUGUUUACACCAGUGGCUAGAGACCAGGCCCAACAGACAGGUGUGUCCUGUAUGUAAAGCAGGAAUCAGCCGCGAUAAAGUUAUCCCACUCUAUGGAAGGGGCAGCACGGGACAGCAGGACCCCAGGGAGAAAACACCACCACGACCCCAAGGCCAGAGGCCUGAGCCAGAAAAUAGAGGGGGUUUCCAGGGGUUUGGGUUUGGUGAUGGAGGCUUCCAGAUGUCAUUUGGAAUUGGAGCGUUUCCGUUUGGCAUAUUUGCUACAGCCUUCAACAUAAACGAUGGCCGGCCCCCUCCAGCUGUUCCAGGGACUCCUCAGUAUGUGGAUGAGCAGUUUCUGUCCCGGCUGUUCCUGUUCGUGGCCCUGGUCAUCAUGUUCUGGCUCCUGAUAGCUUAACGUUGCUCCAUACCAUCUAUUCCACCAUGGUUUGUGGAGCUCUGAACUUGUCACAGACUGCUGCUUGUCUCCUUGUCUGCCCCUUGGUGUCUUAAUUCUUCAGCUAAUGAUGGGCUCCUUAAAGCCACUGGUGUCUUCACGUGAGGAGGAGUCUCAUUUUGCCAGAAUUACGGAAUUAAAGUUUUUAAAAAGUUUCUGAAACUCAGCCGUAUCUCACACAGCAAGGAUCUGGCUGGAACUGUGCCCCUAGGUUUGAGCUCCAUACCUCAAAGGGGAGUGUCGUUUGAAUCUUGUGCCAAACAGCUGGAAGAGAUGCUGGCUCCGGAGGGCAUCAGGCAUGGUGGCUAGCAAUGGAGGCUCUUGCCAUAUAUCCCAGUAGCUUGUGUCUCAAGAACAGCCAGAGGAAGGGGAUCAGUGGACUUCAGAACCCAUCUACACAUUUUGCUGAAAAGCCAACUGACUCCAGGUAAUAUCUUCUAUAAAUAAGACGUCUGGCUGAGGAGGAUUGUGUCCCAUUCCUGCUGUUACAUACCCAAGUGAUAAAAGACCGAUCACCUUUGUUUUUCCAGCGAUCACAAAAGUGAAAGGAUAAAAGACUCUAACCUAAAAUGGUAGCAUACCUACAUUUACUGGAAUCAAUGGGUGGGGGCUCUCUCAUCUCAGAGUUUGUGGGGGCUGUUGGCUGUCAUGCAGCACACUUCCUCGCUGAUAAAAGCAGUGUUUUAAAGGGUUUGUAGCAGCCAUCAACUCUUAAUUUAAGUAGACGGUUCCAGCUACUGUUCUUAUUUAUAUACAUCUCUCCUUCCUGAAAUGUGCAGAGACCUUUUUUCCAUAUUUGGGAAUAGGCUAACUGAGAGGAGUAUAGAACAGUCUCUUGCAGGGGUAAUUCACUGAGUAUUUUAUGCCUCCCCACCUCACAAUUAUGACUAUUACAUAGUGGGAAUAAGUCUGUAGAUUUUUGAUAAUACAAGAAAUUCUGCUUAAGCGGUUUGCCUAUGGCCAAAUGGCCAUUAGUGUGUGAGCUUUUUCAAAUCACCAAAGAAAUGAUUUUUUGAAGGGUAAUCAUGGGCCCAACGCAGCAGCAGUUUGAACAGUGCUUUAGUAGCAGAGCAUCCCAAAUGAUGGUACUUGGUGCAUUUGGAGAACUCUGUACAGAAGGGGCCGGGGAGGAAUGGUGCUUUAAAGCAAGUUGCGGUUGAAUCUUUGGGAUCCACUGGGUGCAAAAGUCUCCCUUGGAUGACUGCCUCUCAAAGACUUCUACUCUUUUUUAUUUUGCAAUACUUCUAAUCUUCUCCUGGAUGUUAACAGAGACAUGCUGGACCAACCGCACUGGUGGUGUGGCAGGGAGGCUUAUUUUUCUGUAGAUCUGAUGUGGGGGGUGAGGCUGGAAAUCCCAGGAGCUGGGUGCAUGUCACAACCGCUUCCUUUCACCAAAGUGAGAUGCCAGGCGUGGAUGAUCUGGUGCCCCAAAUUCUGUCCGGGCUCUUCCCUUUGUGACUUGGGCUUUCAGUACGGGAGGCAGGCCUAGCUUGACAAAGCAAUGUUCUCUCUCAUCGCAAAAUCAAACUCGGUGACAGGAGUGCCAUCACUUGAAGAUCAGAGUGCCACCUACUGUCAACAGAGAAUUCAGUUGCAUUUUAAUAUAGAAAACUAUCUUUUAUUUUCCUCCCUUUCUUAGAAACUGCACCAUACCAGAAAAGCUGUCUCUAAAUCAGUCUUAUAAAAUGGUCAAAUGGCUGUAAUAGUGGGAAAGGAGCUGAGGUGUUGAAUUGUCAGAGGUUGACCCCCCUUUGAUUGGGUGUGCUGGCCAAGGUGCAUUGCCUUUUGGGGGGGGGGAUCUGUCUCUCUUGCCUGCUUUUGAGGAAACAGUUGUGUGGCAUUUGAAAGAUUUAAAGUUUUGCUUUGCAAACCUUGUGUAAUUGCUGAAGCUGAUUGUGGCAGAUUCUGUUCUUCUCUGCUUCAGGGAGCCACCGGCCUCCUGACAUUUUGUCUGAUAAACAGACCCACCCCUGGACUUCCUGUGGUCUUCAAGGACCCCUCUGCCCGCACUCUUUGUAUUCCUAUUUUUUUCUCUGCACCACCUAUUCAGAUUCCACUCAGCUUGUGGUUAGCAAAGUAUGGUACCACUGUGCAACACUGCUGUUCACUAAUUUUCACUGUUGUGAAAGUCAGAAUAAACACCUUUUUACAUUA